AUGUCCACGGGCCUCUCCUCGGAUGCCAAGUGUGACCCAUGGGCUGCCAUGAGAGGCAUCCAUCUGCUCCCUGUAGCUCCUGGCACGCCCACCUGGGAAUCUCUGCCCAAGCCCGGGGCUCUCCAUGGACCUCACAACACAGAAUACAAUAUGAUGGAGGCGAGCAUCAACACGCCGCCAAGACGCCAGAGCAACACAAUUGCACCCUCUGUGAGGAUGACUCAAUUCAUGGACGAAUGGGCUCCCUUGGCAUUCUGUGAGCUAUUGGCCAUCAAGGCACCCCCACUUGACAUGCAAUGUUUGCAGUGUCCUCAAGGAUCUGGGCACGCAAGGAGCCCUCUUGUCAUUUAUCGAUGUGUGGAAUGCUUGCGUAUGCAUCAAUACUGCCAGUCAUGCAUGAUUUCCACUUAUGAGUCCAUGCCUUUCCAUCGCAUCGAGCAGUAG